AUGAGGUUUGACAGUGUUAGCCAACCAGCGACAAGUUCAGUGAGGUCUGUUCCUGUAACAAAGGCCAAUACUAAAACAAAUGCCAGAGGUAAUGCUGGAAAUGAGACACUGAGACAAGGAAGAGUGUUUGCACUCAUCCCUGGAGAUGUACAGAACGCCGAAACAGUGGUGUCAGAUAGCACCGGUGUAGAAACCAUUCCUGUGGUUUGUGAUUUUCCUGAUGUAUUUCCUAAUGAUCUACCUGGGGAUCUAGUAGAUAGGGAAAUUGAAUUUACCAUCGAUGUAAUGCCUGGAACACAACCAAUCUCCAAGACUCCAUACAGGAUAUCGACUUUUGAAUUGAAAGAGUUGAAGAUCCAACUUCAAGAACUUAUAGACAAGAAAUUCAUCCGCCUGAAUGAUUUGUUUGAUCAACUCCAAAGAGCCAAAGUGUUCUCUAAAAUUGACCUUAGGUCCGGUUAUCAUCAGUUAAAGGGAAGAACAUGGGAACCAUCUGAGGACUACCUUGUAGAUUUUGAGAGAAAAGAAAUUAAAAUUGAAGCUAUUGUGGAUUGGCCUAGACCGGCAUAUGUAACAGAAGUUAGAAGUUUUCUGGGAUUGGCUGCUUUUCAAGAAUUGAAAACCAAACUGGUGACUGCACCAAUCCUAACCUUACCUAAUGGUACUGAUGGGUUUCAAAUUUUCAAUGAUGCUUCGUAUAAAGGAUUAGGCUGUGUGCAGAUGCAAAAUGGAAAGGACGGGACACUAGCCGCUAUUUCCGCUCAACCUGCAAUCAUUGAAGAGAUCAAAGAGACGCAACUUGAAGAUGAAUACUUGAAAAAGGUUGUAGAAGAACUUGAUUCAAAGCCGAGGGCAGGGUUUGUAUUUGAGAAUAAUGUGCUGAAUUUCGAAAUCCUCUUUGUGUACCUAAUUGCUCAAAGGUUGAAAACUGCUCAGAACCGACAAAAGAGUUAUGCUAACGUUCGAAGAAGGGACAGAGAAUAUGAAGUUGGAGACCAUGUGUUCAUAAAAGUGACCCCUAUGAAGGGUCAAACUCAGUUUGGUAUACAAGGAAAGUUGGCACUAAGGUAUGUUGGGCCAUAUGAAAUCCUUGAAAAGAUCAAUUCGGUAACUUAUCGGGUGGCCUUGCCUCCAGUAAUGGAGCAUAUGCACAAUGUAUUUCAUGUCUCUAUGCUUCGAGAGUAUCUGAGAGAUCCGUUACAUGUGAUUGAGCCAACUCACGUGCUUUUAAAAGAAGAUUAUACUUACGAAGAAAGACCUAUUCAGAUUAUGAUCCACCGGAUCAAAAGAUUGAGGAACAAGGAAAUACCACUAGUAAAAGUUGAUUGGCAGAACCAUGGGGGAACUUAUGCUACCUAG